UACUUCCGGAAGCGAUCUUAUUGACAGUGAAGCAUUGCACUUUUUCUGUUUUCUUCAAGUUAAUGUCUUUUUCAUUGUCUGCCUUUCAUAAUAGGUAGAUAUGGCAUCGGAAAACCCGCCUCACUGGUCGGAUAUUUUGAAAAAAAGACUUCAGAAUUGUCCGAAAGAGACCAAAGAGAAGAGCGAGGAGGAGAAUAAAGAAGUGGAAACUAAAGUAUUUUCCAAGUAUUAUUCCGAGUGGAGGGGGGGCGGCGACAAAGACAAGUCCUACGGAACCAUCCCUCGGUUCUACUACAGGUUACCAGCGGAAGAUGAAGUGCUGCUGCAAAAACUGAGAGAAGAAUCCAGAGCUGUUUUUCUUCAGAGAAAGAGCAGAGAGCUACUGGAUAAUGAAGAACUACAGAAUCUCUGGUUCCUGCUUGACAAGCAUCAGGUACCGCCAGCGAGUGGAGAGGAAGCCAUGAUCAGCUAUGAAGCUUAUCUUCAGGUUGGGGAGAAUGCGGGGCCUAAGUGCCAGAAGUUCUUCACAGCCAGAGUUUAUGCCAAAUUGCUUCAAAAUGAUCCAUAUGGGAGAAUUUCAAUCAUGCACUUCUUUAACUAUGUUAUGAGGAAAGUGUGGCUGCAUCAAACACGCAUCGGCCUGAGUCUGUACGACGUAGCGGGCCAGGGCUACCUCAGGGAGUCUGACCUGGAGAAUUACAUCCUGGAGCUAAUUCCCACUCUUCCUCAGCUGGAUGGACUUGAAAAAUCUUUUUACUCAUUUUAUGUUUGCACUGCUGUUCGCAAGUUCUUCUUUUUCCUUGACCCGCUUCGUACUGGAAAAAUUAAGAUUCAAGAUAUUUUGGCCUGCAGUUUUCUGGAUGACCUACUGGAGCUGAGAGAUGAAGAGUUGUCAAAGGAGAGUCAGGAGUCCAACUGGUUCUCUGCUCCAUCAGCUCUCCGGGUGUAUGGCCAGUAUCUCAACCUAGACAAAGAUCACAACGGCAUGCUGAGCAAAGAGGAGCUGUCCCGCUAUGGCACUUCCACUCUGACCUCUGUGUUCCUGGACCGAGUGUUCCAAGAGUGUCUCACAUAUGAUGGAGAAAUGGAUUACAAGACCUAUUUAGACUUUGUGUUGGCGCUGGAGAACAGGAAGGAGCCUGCUGCGCUGCAGUACAUCUUCAAACUUUUAGACAUGGAAAACCUGGGCUACCUCAAUGUCUUCUCUCUCAACUACUUCUUCAGGUCCAUACAGGAGCAGAUAAAACUUCAUGGUCAAGAACCAGUUUCCUUCCAGGAUGUGAAGGAUGAGAUCUUUGAUAUGGUGAAGCCCAAAGACCCCUGUAAGAUCACACUCCAAGAUUUGGUGAACAGUUGCCAGGGCGACACGGUCACCAGCAUCCUCAUUGACCUCAACGGCUUCUGGACGUACGAGAACAGAGAAGUGCUGGUUGCCAACGACAACGACAACAGCAACACACCUGACCUGGAUGACACGUGAAGAUUGUUCUGUGGUUUUCACUGACAUGUCAGAUCACCUUGUAUUUAAACUUUUUGACUAUUGACCAAACUUUGAUAAAUAUUUUC